GGAGGGGUUCAGGGGCGGGGAGCGAGGCCCUGCGAGGUUCCGUGCCCCUUGUCGGGCCGCUUGUUUGGCUGCUGCCGUCACCUCAUGGCGACGCGGGUAGAAGAGGCAGCGCGGGGAAGAGGCGGCGGCGUCGAGGAGGCGAUUGAGGCCGGACGGGGCGGACGGCGACGCAGCCCGCGGCAGAAAUUUGUGAUGGGCACAAUGGAAGAAGCUGGAAUGUGCGGGCUAGCUGUGAAAGCGGACAUGUUGCAUAACUCUCAGCCGAAUGAUAUUCUUCAGCAUCAGGAUUCACAUUGUGGUGGCACAAGUAACAGGCACGCAUUGGAAGAGAAUGCCAGCAGUGACUUUAUAACAAAGGGCAGGAGUUUGGUGAGCCCGGCGUACUGCACACAAGAGUCAAGGGAGGAAAUUCCUGGGCGAGAGGCUCGAACAGAUCCCCCCGAUGGUCAGCAAGAUUCAGAGUGCAGCAGGAGCAAAGAAAAAACCUUAGGAAAAGAAGUUUUAUUAUUGAUGCAAGCCCUAAACACCCUUUCAACUCCAGAAGAGAAGCUGGCAGCUCUCUGUAAGAAAUAUGCUGACCUUCUGGAGGAGAGCAGGAAUGUUCAGAAGCAAAUGAAAAUUCUACAGAAGAAGCAAGCCCAGAUCGUGAAAGAGAAGGUUCACUUGCAGAGUGAACACAGCAAGGCCAUCUUGGCAAGAAGCAAACUCGAGUCUCUUUGCAGGGAGCUUCAGCGGCACAAUAAGACGUUAAAGGAAGAAAACAUGCAGCAGGCGCGAGAGGAGGAAGAAAGACGGAAGGAAGCCACGGCGCACUUCCAGAUGACGCUGAAUGAGAUCCAGGCGCAGCUGGAGCAGCACGACCUGCACAACGCCAAGCUCCGCCAGGAGAACAUGGAGCUGGGAGAGAAGCUCAAGAAGCUCAUCGAGCAGUACGCGCUGCGGGAGGAGCACAUUGAUAAAGUGUUCAAACAUAAGGAACUUCAGCAACAGCUUGUGGACGCCAAGCUUCAGCAGACAACACAGCUGAUCAAAGAAGCAGAUGAGAAACAUCAGAGAGAGAGAGAGUUUUUACUAAAAGAAGCAACGGAAUCGAGACACAAAUAUGAACAAAUGAAACAGCAAGAAGUACAACUGAAACAACAGCUUUCUCUUUAUAUGGAUAAGUUUGAAGAAUUCCAGACUACCAUGGCAAAAAGCAACGAACUGUUUACAACCUUCCGGCAGGAAAUGGAAAAGAUGACGAAGAAAAUCAAAAAACUGGAAAAAGAGACAAUCAUAUGGCGGAGCAAAUGGGAAAACAACAAUAAGGCUCUCCUGCAGAUGGCUGAAGAGAAAACUGUCCGUGACAAAGAGUACAAGGCCUUUCAGAUAAAGCUGGACCGGCUGGAGAAGCUGUGCCGGGCCCUGCAGACGGAGCGGAACGAGCUCAACGAGAAGGUGGAGGUGCUGAAGGGCCAGGUGGCGGGGAGGGCGGCGGGUGCGGGCCCAGCGCCCCCCGGGGCCCAGCCCUGCGCCGCCCUGGCUGCCCCGCAGGAGUCUCGCGCCGCCUGGCCAGUGGCCCCUGGGGUCCCCCCGGAGGCCGCAUCCCCGGGCGCCGGGCCCGGCAUCGAGUCCGUGGACUGAGACCCAGUGCAACCACUGUAUGGAGAGCUCUAUUUUGUGUAUACCUUCCUCUGUUAGUAGUAACAAUUGGUUUUGUGGUGACAAUUUUCUUACUUUUUCUACCAUAUCUGUAUUUUCUUAGAACUACUGGACUUAUGUGGUACAGGAGGCUGCUUGGCAAUUCUGAAUAGUUUUCCUCCACAUCUCGCUCAGCUGCGCUGGCUGCACAUCCGCCUCGUUGCCCUCCGUCGGAUGCAUGUGUUCACUGCCUUGUCCUCUCCCCUGCCCCUUGCGCACGACUCACUCACCAGGGCCGCCCCUCACAAGGGAACCUUGUUCUGCUGAUACACUUCCUGGAUGUGAAAACAGUAUUCACUUACAUGUCCCGGCCCCCGUUAAUAUUAUUCAAAAAAGAGAAAAAAAAAAAAAACCAACCAAGAUGAUUAGAUUUGUGUCGAAUUGCCCAUCGAAACGCCAAGUAAAAAUAAAACUCUAGGCUUGGGUCGGAAACAAACAGCAUACUUGAUUCACAUUAGCUUCCUGCUCUUUCCAUCCCUUGACAAACGGAGACGGCCACAGGCCCAGAAGGUCUGCGUUUUGGCAACGUAUGUACAUAAAGGUGUGGCUUUUUAACAAAACAGUUCUGUCCAGCCAGAUCCUUGGACAGGCAGGCUUGUGUUUAUGUCACUGCAGACCAGCCCCAUGGUGCUCUUUUCAGGUUAGUAGCAGGGGAGUUUGGACACCCGGAUGCCCAUGGUGUGGGGAGCCUGGGGGUGGCUCGCGUUCCCUUGGGGAUGGGGGCACGCACCCCUGCGCACGGAGCGCUGCCGCCGCGGCCCCCCCUUGUCACUCAAGACACGUCCCGUGUAGCCUUCCCAAGCGGGGGUCCUCUGCUACCCUUCUGGCUACUGGCAGGCUGGUCCAGUGCUCCAGGGCUUUGAAGAGGGGGUGUUCCUGGCCAUGCUAAGCAAAGAUGGAUGUCGGGGCUAAAGCACAAAGACGGGAACCAGCAUUUUUAACGUGGAGGAAACUUGGCAGAGAGUUAAACAGCCAGGAUCUAUUUAUUAUACUUCCGAUCUGCUUCUCGCCCUUUUCUUAGUUUUCCUUUUUCUCCUUCAAAGAACACCCCCCCCCCCAGUGUUAUUAAGGUGUCUACUCUUGGAACAGGGGACUCGGGAAAGUCGGCGCACCAUCACUUGGGCACCAGUUCUCUAACGUGCUUUGUUCCUCAGUGUCCAACGUGGCCAAGUCUGUACACACCAUUCACCAGGCUGCACUGCUCAGAGUUUGGACUUUGUCCCUGGUAUCAUUUGCAUUGAAAGACCUUAUGAAAUAAAAAGGCUCUGCUAGAACUGAUGUUAGCACAUUCCACCGAGCAGAACUAGCAAACUGACACUUCGGAAAUUGCUUACUGGACUGAAUAAACUCUCUUCUGUCCAGUUAAAAAAGGGUUUUUCUCUUUGUUAAAGUUUUAUUUGUCCCGUCACAUUCAUGGUCUAAACUGGGUGGAAAGAAUAAGAAAACUGACAGGCCGGCAGCAGCGCCUGCAGGGAAGGAUUUUAUCCAGGCUCCCACCGGCGGUCACGUUCAUCGAGGGGCCAGACCGUGGAAGCAAGGAAACCCACCAAGUCGGUUCCCCAGUGACUGUCGGGACGUGUCGGAGGCCAAAGUACGCCCUCUGCCAACACACACCCUCUUAGAAACACACACCCUUCAGCUACAUGAAACGCCGGGCUUCAUUUCCCGAGAGAGGGGAAAUGAAGGCGUGUGUCAGAAAGACACACGACUGUAAAAUGACCACGCGCGCUGACCUGGCACAGGAACGCUGCUGGACGCACAGCCCUGACGCCUUUUAAGCCGGUGGUGUCGCCCACCACGCUUCCUUGUGUUGCUUGUCCCGUGUGGGAGAUGAUUAAGCUCAGACCUGCUGCUCAUCUUCAGGGCUUUCUAAGGCGACGUGAUGAACAGCACUUGGCCUGCUGCUUUUGGCUUCCUCGGUGGUUGUAGCUAGACGCUAGCCCGGUGUUUGAAGGACAUGGAUUCUGGCGGAGACAUGCCUGCAUCCCUUCGGGAUCUCUCCUCCCAUUACCCUGUGAAUAGUAAAUACACACGGGACCCUCUCUGCAGAGGACAUGCUCCUAAAACAAUCACCUCGGCAGCCCAGUGUUGUGGUUUUGUAGCACGCCGUUUCUCCCACAUUCUAGAACACUGUAAUAGGACGAAGACUGGCCCAGAAGAGGUUGAGAUGUCGGGUUCACUUCAACUGCAUUUGUUGCACCGUCGUGGAAUCUUGAUUUGUAUUACUUAGAGUGGCAGGAGACCCCAAGGCAUAGAGAAAACUUGGGUCUUAGGUAAGGACCAUUUCAUCCUCAGACUUAUAGGAGUACAUUUCUUGGUCUCGAGACCAGUGUUUUUUAGUUAUGUAUGCAACUGCCUUUAUGACACCUGGUUAUCGAUUCACUUCUCAGGUGUUGCAGAAAAAUCUACCUCUUUCAGACUGUAGAUGGAAAUAACUGUGAAAAAAAUGAUGCAGAUAUCUUCUAGUUUGUGCUAAACACACUGCUUUAUUUUUACAGCCCACGUCUUUCAUGAGGAUACGAAUUGUUAAGAGGCAGUCUUGUUUUGCUUUUCAAAAACAUUUUGUAGAGAUUUUUCACUAAUGUGAAUCUGAUUUUAUCUACUCAAUUCUGUAUAGAUUCAGUAAAUAUGUAUGAUAAAUUGAA